AUGUCGCGUCAUGGAGAAAGAUACCCCACAAACUCCGCAGGAAAUCGUAUGUUGAUCUUCCUCUCUUUCAUCUUUUCCAUAAUUAACAAAUUCCCUCCAGGCCAUCUUGAAUUACUAGACCGUGUCAAAGCACUCCAAUUCCCUUUGAAUGGUGCCCUCGCGUUUCUCAACAAUUGGACCUACUUCACCGACAUCCCGUCUCGAGAUUUUGGUCAACUAACCAGCACCGGCCCAUACGCGGGCACCUUGAGCGCAUUCACAACGGGAGCUCGCUUCCGAACACGAUAUAGUCGACUAAUCCCCGAUAACGCGACAACAAGGCUAUGGGCCAGCGACUCCCAGCGCGUCAUAGACACGGCUUACCAUUUCGCCACCGGUCUAUUCGGUCUUCACUGGGAACUGAAGGGUAGUGCAAAACUAGAAGUCAUCCCCGAGACAUUUGAGCGCGGUGCCGACACGCUGACCCCAGGUGAUACCUGCCAAAAGUAUAUCGAAGAUCUGAAGUAUGGACACGAUUACGGAGCGAACAUGCUUGCGCAGUUCCAGGAUAUUUAUAUCCCGCCUAUAGCGAAGCGACUGCUCGAGAAGAACCCUGCUCUUGGGGAAAUUGGAAAUACAGAAGUGUACAGCAUGCAGGAGAUGUGUGGAUUUGAAACUAUGAUUCGCGGGUCGAGUCCGUGGUGCGACGUUUUUACGGAGGACGAUUGGCUGAACUUUGAGUAUUCUCGGGACCUUGUUCAUUAUUAUCGAGCUGGGCCGGGGAACUCCUAUGCAGGUGCGAUGGGGUGGCUUUGGUUGAAUGCUACGACCUCUCUGCUGCAGGUUGGCCCGGCCGCUGGGACUUUAUACUUGAGCUUGUGA